AUGGAAUCUACUUUAAAUUCUUUAUUGAAUGCAAAUUCUUCAGUUUUACCUGCUUAUGUUGAGUUGGCCAAAGCAUCAGCAAUGAAUAGGCAUUGGGAAACAAUGGCUGAAAUUUGUCAAAAGGCAGCUCUUAUUCAGAGUGAUUGUUUGCCAAUACUUCUUUUAGAUUUUAUUUAUUCCUAUUUAAUACUUGGUGAUAUCCAAGGAGAACAAAUACUUGCUGAAUUUGUUGAUGCAAUGCUUUUAACUGAAGCAAGCAACCAAAGUCUAUUUCUUCGAAUUGGAAGUCUUUUGGCCUCUAUUGCUUUAGAUAGGAGAAAUAUUACUACUCAGGCGAAGAGAUUGGUUGAUGCUGCACUCGGAAUCCGUCAGAACAGUCAAGCCCUUCUCCUUAAAAGCAGUCUUUCAUUAGCAGAAGGGGAUAUAAGACAAGCUUCUCAAUUAGCUUUACGUGCAGUCGAAUCAGGUAGUAAUAUUGAAAAUGAGAAAGGAUUAAAUAAUGAGGAUAACCAAAAUGGGGAAAGGGCCGUUCUGACAAUGAUACGUUGUCAAUUAGCUGAACAACAAAAUGAUAAACAAUUAAAAGAAAUAAAUCAACAAUUGGAAUUUUUACAACAAACACAUUCUGAUGUUAAAGAACAAUCACUAUUCCACUUCCUUCUAGCAUUAUUAGCCAAACGUGAAAAUAAACCGGAUGAACAAGUCUUUUCACAUUUAAAUAUAGCUGUAGAUGUUCACUUUGCUUAUAAUCAAGUAAAUAAUUUUUAUUUUGAUUUCAUUAUUUAUUUACAGUAUACAAUCUUCUCUGAAGAGAAUUUAAUCUCUUUGAAUCCAUCCAUUUUAGUGGAAAUAGCCGAAUUAAUAUUAAAAUCUGCCGAUUCUGUUGGGAUUCCAGCUAUCAGAGUAGCUGAUCGUAUUUUAAGUAUUGUUCAUCAAAACUGUCCAGGCAAACAAUUUUUUAUUUAA